AAUACUAAGGAUAAGACAAAGAGAGAGAAGGGGACGAGAGAGAGAGAGAGAGAGAGAGAGGGAGAGGCGAGAGGGAGAAGUGGUGGUCGAAUUCCCACCGAUUCCAAUCCAAGUUCUCGCAUCGUCUCCUCCACGCGAUCUUGUGGAGAUCCAAGGUUUUGUUGAUCGGAUAAAAAGACCUGGUUUCGAUGCGUUUCGAUUUGUUUUAACCUGUUGUGAAUUGGGUAUUAAAUUUGAGGUCUCUUUGUCAUUCUAUGUGGGCUUCUAACUCUCCGCAACUUCACUUCAUGUGUUAAAACUUUACCAAGAGGAUCUUCAUAAGGGAAAUGGAGGGUUCUUAUGAUGCCUUGGAUACGGAGUUAUCCCCCAAUUCUAGGAAAAAGAUCAUCACGCACCCUCUUUACGUCCCAAGAUCAUCGCCUUGGCUCGAUCUAAAAGUGUUCUAUGUAAGAAUCAGUAAUUGCGAAGUCGACGAGUCGACAUCGGACCGUCUCACCCUCAACCACAUCCCUCUAACUCCCGACACCAUCAUUGAAGUGAAUGGCAAAAGAUGUAGCAUUUAUUCCGAAUGCGCAUCUUCUUCGCUCAGAAGGGAUAGAGUGGAUAAAAAGUCCGAAGAAGCCACUUUUGUGAGCACGGAUAGUAUACGGACAACGGGGAGUGUGAGGUUCCAAGUCUUUGAUAAGGAUGAGCUGUUAAUCACGGGGGACUUGGAAUUAUGUAACAGCAAUGGAGUUGUUGGAGAGUCAAAAGCCAGUAGCAAGAAGUGGAAUAUGAAGUGCCAAGCUGCAAGCGCUUGUACUAGGUUCUUGAAGGGGAAGCAGUACGCGGGUCCUGAGAAUCCUCAUCCUUUGAUUGAAGUGUAUGUUGCAGGUUUUUUCUCGGGGGCGCCUAUUAUUUUGACAAAGACUCUUCAGCUUGGUGUUAGGAAGAAGCAACAGAUGAAAGUUACGCUAGGUUCAAUUCCAGAGUAUGGGACAAGUGAACAGAAGGAUGUGGGGGAUGAGGAUUCCUUGAAGGUGUCGGAGUACCAAGAGUACAAACUCGAGAAUGAUGCAGACGUCGACUACAACAGCAUAUAUUCAAGAGCGGAUUACAUAGAAGGGGAGGACGGAGAACUCUCGUGGUUUAAUGCUGGUGUAAGGGUCGGCGUCGGGAUCGGCCUCGGCAUUUGCCUCGGUGUCGGGAUCGGAGUCGGUUUGUUGGUUCGCACAUAUCAAACCACUACUAGGGGGCUUAGGAGGCGAUUUGUUUAAUGGCCAACGCCCUUAAAUAACAAAUCAAUUUGUAUAUUUAUCUGUUCUCCUAGAAAGCUAAGUUGGGUGUGUUACCCUUCCUUUUUGACGGACAUGUUGGCUAGUAAAUAACCUUCUAUAGUUUUAUUGUUGUCAUGUUUCCUUUUGCCUUUUUUUCUUACUCUUCUUUUGGGGCUUUUUUUUUUUUUUUUUUUUGGCUGUUCUGAUAGUGUAUCAGUGUGUGUUGAGAAGCAGUUGACAGUUGCUAGGCAAUGAAAAACUCUUGUUGUUCUCUUA